GAUUGAAUUCCUAUUCAGAUGAUUGCUUAGAUAAUUUCAUUCUUGCAUUCCAGGAAGAGCCAGGUUAACUAGGGAAGGUGAUAGAGAUAGAGAUGUGUACAAAGCUUUACGAAAUAGCCGUGAGAGGAGAUGUGGAUGCUUUAAUGGCAUUACUUGAAGAAGAUCCAGUUAUUCUCACUCGAUUAAUCACUGAUUUUCAUGAAAAUCCAAUACAUGUAGCAGUCAUGUGUGGUCAUGUAGAUUUUGUGGCCAGAGUUUUGAGUAUUAAACCGGAACUAGCUUCCGAGACCGACUUAGCCCAAUCUUCCACUCUGCUUCACUUGGCUUCGGCAGGAAACAAUGCUGAGAUGGUGAAUGUGCUCUUAAAGGUUACUGCAGAUGCUUGCAAGGCUAUUGAUCGAAACGGAAAUAUUCCUAUACAAGUUGCAACUAUGAAAGGCCGAGUAGAAAUCAUGCAGUUAUUGAUUGAUACUUGCACUGAAUCGAUCCGGGUGUUGACAAGUCGAAAAGAAACUUUGUUACACUUGUGUGUGAAAUAUAACCGUCUGGAGGCCUUAAGGCUAUUAGUGCCGCUGUUUCUGCGGGCUGAUAACGAUGAUAAUCCAGAAUUUGUGUCAGUUAACUCAUCAAACGAUGAAGGGAACACUAUCUUGCAUCUGGCUGUAGCCAUGAAACAAACCGAGAUGAUACGAUAUCUACUGAGAAAGAGGGACAAUCUACCCGAGCAAGAGAGGGACAAUAUUAUGGCAGUCGUUGGAGCAAUAAACAACAUAAACAGCAAUGGUUUCACAGCUCUGGACAUCUUAAUGCAAAACCCUGCAAGAGAUUUAAAUGAUGUAGAAAUUGGAGAUCUUCUUAGAAAUUCAGGUGCUUUAAUAACUAGAGAGCAACAACUAGCAGUAUCACCUACUCAUGGGCAUCCCAGGCUAAGACGUGUGGGUGGUUGCAAUGAGAACUGUAACGAGUAUGAUAAUUGGCUGACAAGGAAACACAACGUACUGAUGGUGGUAGCGUCAUUGAUUGCAACCAUGGCAUUUGAAGCUGGAUUAAACCCACCGGGUGGUAUCUGGCAAGAUAACUCUGUGCUUAAGGAUCAUUCAGGAAAACCUAUGCACUUAGCUGGAACCUCUAUUUUGGCUGACAAUGCCAUACACAUUCACUUCCUGUACAUGAUCAGUAACACAACUGGGUUUCUUGCUUCCUUGAGCAUAAUCUUACUGCUUAUAAGUGGGUUGCCCCUGAAGAAAAGAUUUUCCAUUUGGAUUCUAACAGCAAUCAUGUGGGUUGCACUCACAUGUACAGCAUCAACCUACUUCAUCACUUUGUCAUCCAUUUCAGCACGGCAUCUAUCUAAGCAUGGUGCUCCUCCUGUUGAGGUACUUAAAGGUUGGUUCAUUACAUGGAUAGCAUUCAUAUCCAUCCUUUUGUUUGUACACUUUCUCCGCCUGAUGUCCAAAAGAAAGGCAAGUGAAAGAAAUUGAAGAGGUUACUUUUUAAGUCCUUUUGAAACUAAAGAUGUACCUACCAAUCUUUGCUUCCUUUCUUAGAAAUCCUAACCACAAUUCUAACCUUAUGUCUUGUAAUGAAUUACUAAAAAUAUCAAACUGUACUACAAAGUUCAUGUGUUUAUGCGGUGACCGAGCGUAAAACCUUGGGCCAAAAUAGAUAAUUUAUCUCACUAUAUGGUAUAAGCAUGAGCGCAUACAGAACCGAAACAUGUGUAGAUAAUCAAAGAGAAACUCAACCAGGAUAGUAAUCUUGUACUGUGGCUGGGAUACAAAAAAUUAAAUCAAAAUUGUAGGUAUACAGUUGAUUUAAGGCUGGAGGAGACCCUUACUAAUCCUAAAACCACGUUUCUCUCUACUGAUGCUGACUACUUUAUA